AAUUUCUUUUUUUUUUAAACUUAAAAUGGCCCGAAUGAACCGCCCAGCUCCAGUGGAGAUAACUUACAAGAAUAUGCGAUUCCUUAUAACUCACAACCCAACCAAUGCAACCUUAAAUAAGUUUAUAGAGGAACUUAAAAAGUAUGGCGUUACUACAGUAGUAAGAGUUUGCGAAGCUACUUAUGACACUGCUCUAGUGGAAAAAGAAGGUAUUCAAGUUCUGGACUGGCCUUUUGAUGAUGGUGCCCCACCAUCCAACCAGAUUGUAGAUGAUUGGUUGAACCUUCUGAAAUCUAAAUUCCGUGAAGAACCUGGCUGCUGUGUUGCUGUUCAUUGUGUUGCUGGCCUUGGGAGAGCUCCAGUUCUUGUUGCUCUUGCACUUAUUGAAUGUGGAAUGAAAUAUGAAGAUGCAGUGCAGUUUAUAAGGCAGAAGCGCAGAGGAGCAUUUAACAGCAAGCAGCUACUGUACUUAGAAAAAUAUCGUCCAAAGAUGCGUUUACGUUUUAAAGAUUCAAAUGGUCACAGAAACAACUGUUGCAUUCAGUAAACCAGUGUAGAUGCCUGCAGGAAAAUGUAGGCCAUGGCUGUUGUAGAAGCCAACGUAUUGCAUAGGUCAAAUAAAAACCUGACGAGUAUGAACAUGUGUAGGUCACAGCCCUGGCAGUAAUAAAACUGCUUCAAUGCUAAUGCAAUUGGGCUUCCUUAUUUCUUUUCUUGAUCUCUAUCUCCAUGCUAACUAGUUAGUCUAAUCAUGUAAUAGUAAUCUAAUCCACUUUUUUUUUUUUUUUUUUUUUUUUUUUUUUUUUUAAGCAUAUAGGCUAGUCAUAGAGAAUCUAAUGCCAAAAUACCCAGCACAAUGUGUUUUGUUUUUCAUACACUACAAUGCCUGAUAAUUCUAACAACUUUUUACAUUUAACCCUCUAAAGCCCUGCAGUUUAACAGGUUGGCUAGCUGUUUACAUCUUCUCCCACAGAUGCAGCAGUAUCAGGUUUUUGUACAGUUUAGUGUAUGCCACUGCCAUUAUAUAUUUGGCUUCCUUUGUGCUAAAAAAUGUGCAUUGCCAGAUUCUCAGACCUUACAUGGUGUAAAUUUGGCACCAUAUCUAUCUAGGUAAAGCAUUAUCAACUGUUGUAUAGAAGCACAUCAUAUUGUACAACUUUACAGACAAAGCCUUACUGUUUGAAUUCAUGUCUGUACCGCUUGGUGCAUCUUGAUAUGGAGGACCUGAUAUAGUGUAUUUUUUUCUAGUAAAAUGUUGCCUUUGUCUUGUGCAGGAAGUGUAGAAUAUGCCCUUUUUUCUGUGAAAUAUUUUUAAAACUUAUUUGCUUUAAUGUAGCUAAUUCUUAACAUAAAAAUUCUGAACUUGUAAUUUCUUUUACUGUGCAUUUAGAGUUGUUUACUACCCGUUCCUUAUUUCCCUAUCUGAGAUUCUGCUCACAUCGCGGCAGAAGUCCAUGUCUAAUAUUUUGUAUGCCCUAUGAGCUGUGUAACUUAAUAUUUGAAUACUUGAUUUUGUUUUAUGUAUUUGAUAAAAAUGGUGAUGUAUUGAUGUUAGCUCAACCAUAUAUUUAUACUGUCUUGGGAAUGUGUGGUGUUCUGUGGGAGAAUAAAUUUACCAGUGUUCACCAGCUUGUAAAAUCUAGUAUGAGCCUAAAUAAAGAAGGAAAAUACACCUAUUGCUGGAAUAUGGAGUUAUUGCAGUAUAAAAAGUAAACUUGUUUUGUUUAUUUUUUUCUUCCCCUGAGUUUUGCACCAUAUAUUGCACUUUUUUUUUCUUUCAUUCUACAUUUGUCCCAGUCUCCAAAUUUUAACUAAACAUUUUACUAAUAGUAGAAGGUGUUUAAAGGGACAUUAAAUCCCCAAAAAUGCCUUUUCUGAUGCAGAGAGAACAUGUUUUAAAUAACGUUCAAAUUGACUUGUAUUAACCCUUUGCGUGCUAAUGACGGCUCUGAGCCGUCAGAUUCUCACUCUGGUGCGAAUGACGGCUCAGCCGUCAUGAGCACUCUCCCACCUUGAGGGAGAUCUGGGGGCUCCUUACUGCUCCUACCCUGGCGAUCGUGCCUGUAGAGUGACAGGCAUCCCCGGGGCUUCACGUGAUGUGCUGUGACGUCACGCACAAUAACGUGAUGACGUUACCGCAAAACUUUAUUUAUACUUAACAAUGUUAAGUAUAGGAGGAGGGGGCAUGCUGCUUAGCCUGUAUCUCAGGAAUCUUGGGGGUCUGUAAAAAAAAAAAAUUAAAAUUAACAAGUUUUCAAAAAUAAAAAAAUUUAAAUAAAAUAUUAGCACCCAGGUGGGAAAUGGCUUAGCAGCCAAAGGGUUAAUUUUGCUCGAAACUCUUGCUUAUCUUUUAUUGAAGGGCAGCAAUGCACUACUGGGAACUAGCUGAACACAUAUGUAAACCAAUGACAAGAGGCAUAUGAUUUCAGCCACCAAUCAGCAGCUAACUCCAAGCUCCUAGGCCUAUCUAGAUAUCCUUUUCAACAAAGGAUACCAAGAGAAAGAAGCAAAUUAGAUAAUAGAAGUAAAUUGGAAAAUUACACGCUGUAUCAGAAUAAUGAGAGAACAUUUUUGGGUUUCAUGUCCCUUCAACAAACAUGAUGGGGUGGCUUAACUAUGCAUUUUCCUACUAUGUACAAUAACAUAAAGAGCGGAUACCUUGCCACUGUGCUAAGAAGCCUAAACCUGAGAGCGAUCGUAACAGGAACCAAUCGGAGUGCUCAGUCAGGCCAGCACCCCUAUAAGUGACGUCACUUCCGCUACGGCGGUAAUUUUCUCUUUUCCUUCAACGAGAGCCGCAAUUGUUUGGGGGUAAGCCUGCAUCAUCUAUCCACAUAUUAACUUCUACCUGGACUGUUUUAUCCCGUUUCUGGCUAUAAGGAGAUACAUUUUGACAUUGUCGGUGUAUUGGCAUAUUUUGUUAUAUACGGAGACGUCCGUUUUUAGUAUAUUGUGUUUUUAUUCUGUAUUUGCAUAUGUUGUAUUAAAUAUUUUUAGGCAGAGCCUUGCUAAACUACA